GGUUUAUGGCGAGCGAGCGAGCGAGCGCGCGUCGAGGUAUGAGAUAGAUCCAGGAUCGAUCGAUGGGGAUAGAUGAUAGCGUCGGCGACAGGAGCAAUGCCGCCGUGGAUCUGAAUCGCACCGCCUCGCUUAAGAAGAAGAAUGCUCCCAGAUUCGACACCAGGAACAUGCAGGAGCAGGCCAGGAAGGGAUCGUGGCGUUUGCUGCUGGAGAAUGUCAAGGAAGCGCGCAAGAUCGCGGCGGUGUUUAGCCCCGAGGAGAGGAUCAUCCACACGACGUAUCAUAUUUUGGCUCUGGCCAAGCUCGGGAACUACACGAGCGCGGCCGAGGAGCUAGCGGCUCUCGGGGAUUUGCAGAACGCGAGCUUCUUCUACGAAGAUCAUCCAGACGUCUAUCCAGGGAUCUCCGGCUCGAUGGUCCCGUUUAGCCUCCGGUGGCUCCACGCAGCGAUUCCAUACCGGAUUGGACAGGCCUCGACGAGCAUGGAACGCAUGUAUAGCUUGCUCGACUACUGCUCACAGAAGGAGGAGAAAGCCUUGGCCGCGGAUGGAAAAAGCGAGGAGAUCGAUGAGAUCUUCUCGUCGUUCCGGCUAGACGGUGGUGUUCUAGACGAGGAGCAGCGAAGCAACGCUCUGGCCAGGAGGUGGAAGCGACGCAAAGAGAUCGUCAACUUUGCGAUCAUCAAUCUCCAUCUCGGGCAGAAGGAUUACAUCGUUGCUCUACGUUUUGUGAACGAGACACUGGCCCGAGAUCCAGAGAACGUCGAGCUCUGGUCCAAGUUUGCGCACGUCCAGCUCCAGCUCGGGGACGUGGAUGGUGCCAAGCUCAGUUUCGCAAAGGUGGAAGCUCUGGUGGACGAGCGUGCAAAGGGUGGCGAGGUCGAUAGCUCGCUUCUGUGCCUUGUGGGAAGGAACAAGGGACUGGUGGCUUUUGUGGAGAAGCAGUACGCGGCAGCGGUGAAAGCUUACAACGCGGUGCUCGAGAUCUCUCCCGGGGAUGCUUUGGCUGCCAACAACAAGGCGCUGUGCCUCAUGUACUCGAGGGACUUGAUCCGGGCGACGCAGGUGCUGGAAGACGUGCUCCAGAAGCACACCGAGGCGGCGCUCAACGAGACGCUGGUGCUCAACCUGUGUAGCAUGUACGAGCUCGCCGCCAUCAACAGCAACGAAUCCAAGCGCAAGUUGAGCUCCUGGAUACUCCAAGUCGCGCCGGAUGACUUCGAUCUUACUUGCACUCGCUUGUAAGUAGUCGGAGUUCACACAAGGGAAAAAAAAAUGCAAAAAGAUUUUAUUUCACAACAAAUGGGUCACACGAUAAGCUACCGAG